AUGUGGCUUAUAGUUAAUUUUUUAAGCGACAAUUCUGUCUCAGCAGUACCCACAAUUUGGUUAAAAAACGGAUAUUGUGCCUGGCCAAAACAAUUCAUAAAAAACAAAAAUAAAUUUAUAGAAAAAAAAAUCAAACCAGGAAAAUCUCAAUUUGACUUUUAUAAAGUGAGACUACUAUCUGAAAAACCGAUUGCAUCUUACUCCGAAGCUAGGCUUAAAGCUUUAAAAGCCCAAAACACUUCGGACCUUUCUUCGGCCGAAGACAUUGAAUCAAAAACUAACAAAAAAAUAAAAAAUACAGUAUCAAAAAAAAGUGUACCUAAAGAAACACCACCAGAAUUUUCAGAUUCCAGUGAAAAUACGGAUAUUUAUGAUAGUGAUCAAGAUAUGUUGUACGUGCCUCCGAUAAAUCCUAAUGACGGCCAUUUAAAAAAAAAAGAUCGUGUAUGUUGUAAUGAACUGCUGGGUGGAAAACAAGUAUGUGCCUCUCCACUAAAUUUCAAACAUUUGGAAAAUGACGAUAUUGAUUGUUUAGAAGUAAUCAAUAGUCCUGUUGGAAAGUGGAAAGUACUAGAUGGAGCAGCAGUUACUAUUGCAGAUGAUUCAUUAAGUUCCAUUAAAAAAAAAGAUGCUCCAGAUUCAAAAGUUCAAGUUAAACGCAAACUAUUUGCUCAAAGCGAUGAUGAUGAUGUGCUGGAGAAAAAUGCUGGUAAUAACAGUAAAAUUGUACGAUUGGAUACUGAAAGUCUUAAGCAAAGUCUUAUUCAAUCUGCAGAUGUAGUAAAGGUGGAUGAUUUUAAUAGACUCAAUGAUUAUGUUAGAACAUCAUUUACCAAUUUAAAAUAUGAUAUUAAACAUUUGGUAUAUGUAUCAGAAUCAGUUAAGAAAAUGCUUGAAAAUGUUAACAAUAUCUGCUCAGAACUGGGUGUGACAAAAAACUCUAAUUUAACUGCUGUAUCUGUAUUAAAUAAUGAAAACCUCCCUAUAUCUAACGAAGAAACUAUAAACAAUUUUGAAAUGUUACUCGAAUCUUCUGCUUAUAGAGAUAAAGUUGUUUCAGAAUUAUCACUUUCAGUCGGAAAAACUAUUCCUGAAACCAUAAGACGCAUGAUGCAAAAACUAUUUGUUAAUGAUUGGUUACGCAAUUACUCCUAUAUUGGAUUUAAAGGCAAAAACAAAUUUUCUUCUUUGCACUCGUGUAAAAUAAUAUUUAAAGUUGUUCGAAGCUGUUCAAAGUUUGAAAAAGUUCCUGAUAUGGAAAUAGCACUUACCAUAAGCAAGUGGAUGGCUCAAUCCACUAAUCGCAUUACUAAAAAAACUAAAGAAAAAUUGUAA